GUCGACUUAUCGAUAAGCCUUAGAUUAUAAGCAGAGAAAUUAAUUUAUGAGUAAAAUAAUAAGAGAAAAGUCAGAAUCUAAAGCUAAAUGUAUCUCAAAGAUUUCAAAUAUUCUAUCAUUGUUAAUAAGACGUUUACCUGUUAAAUUAAAGACCAAAAACUGGCAUGGUCAUUUUUGUCUUGAACCUAUUUCAUUUGAAAAUAUACAUGAAAAUCAAGAGAAUACGAUAGAUCUUUUAGAUAAAAAUUCAGUGCUACUAGUUGAAUCGUCUUUGCUCUCAGCAAAUUUGGUGGCUAAUGUUCAGACAUGUAAUAUUCCAUUUUGGAAAUGUCUUGGACCUCAAUUGCAGGUUUGCGCAGCAGAUAAGCACAUAAAGGCAUAUUUUAAACGUUGGGAAUCUAAACGUUCACCAAGUGGGGAUUCUUUAUCAGGUUGGGUUCUUCAAUGGUCGGAUGGUACACGCGCGCUUCUCUAUGGUCACUCGUUACCAGGGCAACCGCUUCGUAUUUUAUGUACCUUCUUUAAUCCAGGCAACAUUAUUACACCAGUGACACAAAAAAACAAACAAUCAUUACAACGGUUAAUUAUGGCGGCAUUACGUUUACGAGGGAUUGAGCGAACACAUGAAGAAUUUAAACAACUUUAUCAACAUAUAUGGAUGGCAACAAUUUUUGCAUGUCGACAAAAUAUUAAUCAACAAUGGAUUCCUAUAGAUAAACAACAAUGGAUAGUUGAACGAUUCGUUGAAACAUUUCUUCUUGAAGAAAUUCCUUCAUAAUUUUUAUAUCAUUUGGGGUUAUCAUUUUUUAUUUUAUAGGACAAG